UUUAAAUCUAAUUCAAGUGGGACUGGAAUAAACGUUUUGCUCUUUCCUUUUAAUUCGUCAGUAAAAUUUUAGGAUAGUCCACAAAUGUCUAGAUAUUCGUUAAAAGUCAUUUGAAAAAAUGCAUCAAAAAAUAUAGAAUAUGGAGACAUGGUACCCGCAACGCCAACUGGCAAAAUCGUCGGAGGCGUGUGCUCGCUGAGCGGCGUGCUAGUGAUUGCGUUGCCUGUGCCCGUCAUCGUCUCCAACUUCAGCCGCAUCUAUCACCAGAACCAAAGAGCAGACAAGAGAAAAGCACAGAAGAAGGCACGCAUGGCGCGUAUUCGAAUAGCUAAAGCGACAAGCGGCGCGGCGUUCGUCAGCAAAAAGAAAGCAGCUGAGGCGAGGAUAGCCGCCCAGGAAAGCGGUCAAGACGUUGACGAUUUCCCGGAGGAUAUCUUCGAACUACAACACCAUCACCUGCUUAGGUGCCUCGAAAAAACUACGGACCGACAGUUCGUUGAACUGGAAGUUCCGUACAAUGGUCAGCCGAAUCGUCCCUCCUCAACGCCCCCACUUUCGCCCACCCCCUCCCUGUCAUUCUACGACAAAAGUAUCUUCCGCUCCUGCUGUGGAAGAAGAUGCGGGAGAAAAAAGUAUCAGCAUCGUACGACAGUGACCAUAUCCGAUCCGGAGGAGGAGAUGAAUGACAUACAGGUGAGAAUUCCAGACAUGCGAAGGACUUCUUCUCGCAGACGUCCGUAUGACCACAAAUACGGACGCUUCCCACCUGUUGUCAUGGUCUCUAGCCCUGCUCCAUCGGACGAGCCUUCAGACACCCAGAGCACGGCAACGCCUUCCCCGAACCCGUCUUCUGAGCUUGUCAGGAUAUCUACACUCUGAAGCUGCGUGUGAACAAUGUCCACUCGAGAUGGAACCCGCCAUCUUGAAAUUCAUGUUCCGAAAACCGCCAGUGUC